CAUCUUGAGUGUUGUAAAGGGGCGCUAAAGUGCCGAUUGCUGAUGCGAUCUGCCGGCUGACCCGAGGUGGAGGAAGCAGAGGAAGCGCGAUGGGCCGCGAGUCGAGGCACUACAGGAAACGCUCCUCAUCCAGGGGAAGGUCCGGUAGCCGGUCUAAGAGCCGCUCUCCUGAUUCUAAGCGGUCAAAGAGAGAUGAGCCAGCUGGCUCCCGCACCCGUGAGAGAAGCAGGAGGGAUCGUUCAAGAAGCAGAGAACGCCGGAGGUCACGCUCCAGAGAUAGGAAACGCCAGAGGCGCUCAAGGAGUCGAGAGCGAAAGCGGUCCAGGAGCAGAGAGCGCCGGAGGUCCAGGAGUAGAAGCAAAGGAAGAAGGUCGAGAUCUUCCAGCCCUAGCAAGAGUAGAAAAAAUGACGAGGGUAAGGAGAGAUCAGACAAUGGAGAGCAACUCGUAGACAAGAAGAAGAUAAAAGAGGAGAAGGAGGAGGAAAAGCCUGAAGACCAAGACUUCGACCAGAACACACUAGAGGAGGAGAUGAGGAAGAGAAAGGAACGAGUGGAGAAAUGGAGGGAGGAGCAGAGGAAAAAGGCCAUGGAGAACAUUGGGGAGAUCAAGAAGGAACUUGAGGAGAUGAAACAGGGCAAGAAGUGGAGUCUGGAAGACGAUGAUGAUGAUGACGAGGAAGGUCCAUCCUCGGUGGACCGUGAAGAAGAAGAGGAAGAGAAGGAGAAAGAAGGAAAGUCUGAGGAGAGUGCAGCAAUGGAGACAGAAACCGGAGAGGAGCUGGACCCUUUGGAUGCAUAUAUGGAGGAAGUGAAAGAGGAGGUGAAGAAGUUCAACAUGGGAACCAUGAGAGGAAAUGAUAAGAAAGGUGGAAUGACUGUGACUAAAGUUGUGACUGUAGUCAAAACGAAGAAGACUCCUCAUACCACCAAGAAAAAGGGAGAGCUCAUGGAGAAUGAUCAGGAUGCCAUGGAGUAUUCAUCUGAAGAGGAGGAGGUGGACCUGCAGACCGCCCUUACCGGCUAUCAGACAAAGCAGAGGAAGAUUCUCGAGCCUGUGGAUCAUCAAAAGAUCCAGUAUGAGUCGUACCGCAAGAACUUCUAUGUGGAAGUUCCUGAACUGGCCAGAAUGACUCCGGAGGAGGUGAACGAGUACCGCCUGGAGCUGGAGGGCAUCACCGUGAAGGGAAAGGGCUGCCCCAAACCUAUCAAGACCUGGGUACAGUGUGGGACGUCCAUGAAAGUCUUAAACGCCCUUAAAAAACACAACUAUGAAAAGCCCACACCCAUCCAAUCCCAGGCAAUCCCUGCCAUCAUGUCUGGACGGGAUCUCAUCGGAAUCGCCAAGACCGGAAGUGGGAAGACCAUCGCCUUCCUGCUGCCCAUGUUCCGCCAUAUAUUAGACCAACGGCCACUGGAGGAAGGAGAAGGACCCAUUGCGGUGAUCAUGACCCCGACCCGAGAGCUGGCUCUGCAGAUCACUAAGGAGUGUAAGAAGUUCUCCAAGCCGCUGGGAUUGCGGGUGGUGUGUGUGUAUGGAGGCACUGGGAUCAGUGAGCAGAUUGCUGAGCUGAAGCGAGGAGCAGAGAUCAUCGUCUGCACACCAGGUCGAAUGAUUGACAUGUUGGGUGCCAACAGUGGCCGGGUCACAAACCUGCGGAGGGUGACGUACGUGGUGGUGGAUGAAGCUGACCGGAUGUUCGAUAUGGGCUUUGAGCCGCAGGUGAUGCGUAUAAUGGAUAACGUGAGGCCGGAUCGUCAGACGGUGAUGUUCUCUGCCACUUUCCCACGAGCAAUGGAGGCUCUGGCCCGCAGGAUCCUGAACAAGCCGGUGGAGGUGCAGGUCGGGGGGAGAAGCGUGGUCUGCUCAGAUGUGGAGCAGCAUGUGAUUGUGAUUGAGGAAGACAAGAAGUUCCUGAAGCUCCUGGAGAUUCUUGGUCAUUACCAGGAGAAGGGGUCGGUCAUCAUCUUUGUAGAUAAACAGGAGCAUGCUGAUGGUCUGCUGAAGGACCUGAUGAAGGCUUCCUAUCCCUGCAUGUCUCUUCAUGGAGGAAUUGAUCAGUACGACAGGGACAGCAUUAUUAACGACUUUAAAAACGGGGCCUGUAGACUGAUGGUGGCCACUUCGGUGGCAGCCAGAGGGUUGGAUGUGAAGCAGCUGAUCCUUGUGGUGAACUACAACUGCCCGAACCACUACGAAGACUAUGUUCAUCGGGCCGGCCGCACAGGCAGAGCGGGAAAUAAAGGCUUCGCCUACACGUUCAUCACCGACGAGCAGGCACGCUACGCUGGUGACAUCAUCAAAGCUCUGGAGCUGUCGGGUUCAGCCGUUCCUUCUGAGCUGGAACAGCUGUGGGCCACCUUUAAAGAACAGCAGAAAGCUGAGGGCAAAAUCAUCAAAAGCAGCAGCGGCUUCUCUGGGAAAGGGUUCAAGUUUGACGAGACUGAGCACGCUCUGGCUAACGAGAGGAAAAAGCUGCAGAAAGCUGCACUUGGUCUUCAUGACUCUGAUGAUGAGGACACAGCACUGGAUAUUGACGAGCAGAUUGAGAGCAUGUUUAACUCUAAGAAGCGGGUGAAGGACCUGACGGCGCCGGGCAGCAGUGCUGGAGUGGCUGCUCCCGGGUUCACUGGAGCCACUGCGGCCACAGGUCUCACUGGUCUGGCAGCUCCUUCAGCUGGAAACAUCCAGAAACUGGAAAUCGCCAAGAAGCUGGCCCUGAAGAUCAACGCCCAGAAGAACCUGGGUGCAGAGGCACAGGAUGUGAUGCAGCAGGCUACCAAUGCCAUCAUGAGGGGCGGCACCAUUAUUGCCCCAUCCGUUUCUGCCAAAACCAUCGCUGAGCAGCUGGCUGAGAAGAUCAAUGCUAAGCUGAACUACACGCCCGUGGAGAAGCUGGAGGAGGAGAGGCAGGCUGCCGAGCAGGCUGAGAGCAUCAAGAGAUACGAGGAGGAGCUGGAGAUCAAUGACUUCCCUCAGACGGCCAGGUGGAAGGUCACAUCUAAGGAGGCUCUGCAGAGAAUCGGAGAGUACUCUGAAGCUGCCAUCACCAUCAGAGGCACAUACUUCCCUCCCGGAAAAGAACCCAAAGAGGGAGAACGCAAGAUCUAUCUUGCUAUUGAGAGUGCUAAUGAACUGGCAGUGCAGAAGGCAAAAGCUGAAAUCACUAGGCUCAUCAAAGAAGAGCUCAUCCGUCUGCAAAACUCGUACCAGCCAACCAGCAAAGGAAGAUACAAGGUUCUGUAGAAGAGCCGAAUUUGUGUCCCUGUGUGUAUUUCUUUCUUUACAGUACCGUGAUUUCAGAGUUUGUUUUAAAACAUGUUUUGUUAAUCAGAAAAGGCAAUAAAGCAGCUUAUUCUGAGUUUCUACUCGAUGUAAUUUACUGCAUUUUCUUUUUCUCCUGUUGGUUUGGAGCUGUGCAGCAAAACACCAUGACAUUGUGUUCUGUCAGACACAUUUAAAUAAUGUGUGUCUUCUCAGACUGUUAAUGGACUUUCAGAAGAUGUAACAUGGUUUAGAUUGUCUUACAAUAAAAUUGUUUUUUU